AUGAAUAGACAUUUACGAUCAGGUUCUGAAAAAAAAAUUUGGUUAAUUGAUUAAAAAACAGGGAGUACAAGUCUGAGAACAUCAGCAUCCCGUAUUCGUUUAGGUAAUGUUAAUUCGUAACCAUCAAUCAGAUAAUAUUAUAGUGGUUAAGUAGUGUAUAAUAAUAUGUAGUACUUUUAUGAUAAGCAUAAAUCGUAUAAUAAAGAUAUUUCGAAAGUGUUUAACAAAUUUAACAAAUUGAAUUAUUUACCAUAAUAGCAUAGUUUAUAAAAUCUUACUUAAGAUCAUUAUGUUACUAGAAUAAUUCCGGUAUCUCCUAGUCAAACGGUGUUUUUAGAUUAACAAAUAAAUACGAAAGUAAACUCAAGCAAAAUGUCUCAUCGUAAAGUAAAUUCUUUGUUAACUGUAAAUAAAAUGUCAUAUUAUUAAGUUUACACAAAAAUAAAAACUAAAAAAUGCAGGAUCCAUAUAAAAUAUAAAAUUAAAGGAAAGAUUAGUAUUGAUAGUAUUAAAUCACAACUUGACUAAGUACAAUUUUAUAAUAAACAUUGAUGCAAAUCAAUAGAUAAUUUAAGAUAUUGUUAUUUUAAUAUACCUAUACCAUUACAAAGAAGUUCAUAAAGAGAAGCUGAAAUAUUGCUCCAUUAAGUAGGUAAGGAAUUAUUAGAUUAAUUAAAAUUGGGAUAAAUUGAUUUAUAUUUUUAUUCUAAAGUAAUAAUAUUAUUGAUUUAGAAAGGAGAGCCUUUGAAAUCUUUAUUUGAUUGUUAAAAUCAUAAG